AUGUUUUGUGAAUGCUGUGCAUCGCCUUCCACGGGCGAAGAGUUGGAUUCCAUCCAUAAGGCCCAACAUUUGACGGUCCUGCAUGAUGCUGACGAUCCAAGAUAUUGGCAAGAUGCAACUUACACAAUCACCUUGCCCAAUGAUGUGUCCACGGUGAUUCCCGCGCUGGACAUGUCGGACCCUUCUUGCAUCAUCAUCCAGGAAAUCAGUGGUGCUUUGCGUGAAUGGAAUGCUGAUGUGGACAAUGUGCAAGCUCAAAUUUAUGACCGUUUGUUAGACGUCAAUGGAGAACCCUGUUCUAGCACCAUGUUGCGGCACAAAAUGGAAGAAACUGGCUGUGAUCAGCUGGCCUUCACCCUUCAACGGCCUGAACAACGGCAAGUUAUCCUUCCGAAAAGCGAUCGCCUCGGCAUUGACAUCAGCUUUCGCAAGGGUGUGUCUGUCAGGCCUUGGAUCACGGUUGUUCGAGGUGGCGCAAUGGGGCAAUGGAACCUGGAGAAGCCCCGCCUCAACGUGCACGCGCAUGACAGGAUUCUGUCCGUCAGUGGUGUCUCAGGCGGUCCGCUCGAGAUCGUGGACAAACUGCGCCGGUCCGAAGACACUCUCAUAAUAACAUUCCUGCAUUACGCGGACGUCCAGUCAUAG